AUCACUGCCAGUCUAUCCUACCUAAAAUUCUCUCUCACCUAUAACUUUUGACCGUCCUUCCUCUUUGAUGAAGUUCGGUGCUCCCAAAAUGGCAAACUACCGUUACUCGAGGCUGAAAAACGACUUGAACGAGAAUGAGCUCCAACAAACUUCCGCUGGACCUACCACAAAUUGCAAGGAUGAUUAUUGUAUAAGGGUCCUAAUCUGCUGUGGAAUUCUUCUCGUGUUCAUUGUUGCUCUCUUGGUACUGUACUGCAAGGGGGAAACACACUCUGUUUAUCAUCUAUUUUGUGAAAUGGGGCUAGGUUAUUCCCAAUGUUCAAAACCAUGAUUUCGUGGUGAUAGGCAGUUAUUGCCCUUUGGUGUGAUGAUAUAUGGCUCUUUCUAUGGAUAUCAGUUAAUAAGUACUAAAGGGUUGAAAAAUGAUCGGAAAUUUAUUUGGUGGAUGGCUGGAAAGACGAGAAUCUUGAGCACCAUGAGGUCACAGGGUGUCAUUAUUAUAGUCUCCGUGAGCUUGGUCCAACUGGGGAAGUUCUCAGUGCGAGUUUCUGCAAUGAUAUCUUAGCUGAAUAUCGAGG